GCUACUGAAGAUAUCUUAGCUGGCUCCUUGCUGUCUACACCAGUUGUUCUAAUUUUUUUCACUGUUCCUGACAUCUUUAGCAAAGCUGUUGUCAGUCCAUGGAUUUUGAAGCGAAUCUCAUUCCUGACAGCAUUCAUCCUCUAUUCUUUCAUGCUUGUUGCUAUUAUACUGAUAUUUGUAUUUGUCAAUAUUGUUAACGUGAGACUGGCUGGUAUGUGUGUGCUUGGUUUAUCGAAUGGUUUGGGUACGAUUGCUGCGGCGAAACUAUUAGGUUUUAACCGUGAUUAUACUGCACUGACUCAGAGCGGUGGAAAUUUUGCGACAGCUCUUGCUUCUAUAUCAUACACUGGAUUGACAACAUGGGUAUGCGUUUCACCUCGUAUCGCACUGGGAAUCUUGAGCCCACUAUUUCUUCUACCCCUUGUGUUAUAUGCGUUGCUCGAAUAUAAGGAAACCUUGGAGACCCAAAAGAGCUCCAUCAAGUCCACCACGUAUCAACCCUUGCAAAACAUGGAUAAGAACAAACAAUCUCAUCUUGCCAUUGGUUCUGGAAGSGAGAAAGUCAGCAUUGGAGGAGAAUUGAAGCAUCUUUCGAAAUAUUUUCGUGUCAUUUACUACAUGAACGCGAGCAACUUUUUAAUGCAUAUGUCACUCACUGCCAUUCUUUCUACUGUGACAUUUAAAUCCUCUCCAUUCCUUCCUCGGGAUCACUAUCAGUAUUACCGUCUCCUAAGUGAUUUUGGGCGUAGCAACUUCGACUAA